AUGUUGUACCCGAGAUUCUCUGUCAUGUUAUUCAUGUGCCUAUUCAUCGCACAAUCCAUCGCACAAGAUACACGGUCACUUCAAAUGUCGAUUAUGGAUGGUUAUCAAUUCCAAUGUGUUAAUACAACUUGUUUACCAUUUGCUACUGUGUCCGUAUCCGAUAUUCGCGAUUGUCAAUUCAUGUGUUUAAGUAAUGAGCGGUGUCGCGCGGCAACUUUCCACCAGUCAAUUUCUGCCUGUGAACUAUUCGCUAAUGCAUCCAGCAAUGUCACUCUCAUGUUCCCACAAGUGCAAACAACUGCUAUGCUAGUCAUGCCUGACACACGGACAAGAUCAUAUUCAUACACUAUGUUUGAAGUUGCGAUAACGUAUUCCGUUGGCUACGUUCCCAUUCCGGUAUUCGUUACCGAUACUAAUAACGACAAUAAGUCGGAUAUCGUUGUUGGUAACUAUAAUUCGAAUUCAAUUGGUGUGCUUCUUAACUAUGGUAAUGGCACAUUUGCUCAUCAAGUCGAAUAUUAUAUCGGAGCUUAUCCAUUCGGAUUAGCCGUUCGAGAUAUCAAUGGUGACAAUAAACCUGAUAUCAUCGCUGCGAUUCAAAACACCGGUUACAUAAACAUUUUGCUGAAUGCAGGCAACGGUACAUUUCUUCCUCCAACAAAUUAUACAAGUGGCACAUCGCCAUUGUCAGUUGUCGUAGCAGAUUUCAACAAUGAUAGUCAGCCUGAUAUAGCUGCUGCUAACUCUGGCUCAUAUACGGUGUCAGUUUUACUCAACGCUGGAAAUGGAUCAUUUCCGAAUAAAACAAGUUACUCUGUUAGUACAACACCACGAUCAAUAGCAGCUGCAGAUCUCAACGGCGAUGGUAAAAUCGACCUCGUUGCUGCCAAUAGUGGUGCAAACAACACCGGGGUGCUCAUCAAUUCAGGUAGUGGAUCAUUUUUGUCACAAGUAACGUAUCCAGUUGGUCAGACUCCGUAUUCAGUUGCAAUAGCAGAUCUCAAUCAUGAUAAUUACCCCGACAUUAUCACUGCCAAUUAUAAUUCGAAUACUACCAGUAUUCUUUUCAAUACUGGUAGUGGCUCAUUUCUUUCUCAAGUAACUUAUGCAGUUGGUGCUCUACCGUAUUUUGUGGCGGCAGUUGAUAUAAAUAAAGAUCAAAAUAUUGACAUCAUUGUUGCUAACUCCGGUUCCAAUAACGUUGGAGUGCUUUUCAACACUGGCACAGGCUCAUUUGAAAGUCAAGUUACUUAUUCAGUUGGCAAUGAUCCACAUUCAGUCUUCGUCAGCGAUGUGAACUACGAUGGAAAGCUCGAUAUAGUCACCGCUAACUCCGGUUCAAAUACUGUCUCUGUUCUCUUAUGUAAAUGA